GUUUCAAUUGCGGAUUAUUUGUUGGGUUUGUUGGAUUUGGGUGGAGAGCUGAUGAGAUACGCGAUAAAUAAAGUGGCGUCAGAUAAUCGUGCGCCGAAUGAUGUAGCCGAAUUCAUGCGAAUGCUCUAUGCACAAUACCUUUUCGUGGGCACUCUUCGUGACAAUAAUAACAACAAAGACUUUCAGGAUAAAUUACGUGUACUGAGAACGUCGUUAAUGAAGGUUGGUUCAUAUUCUUGUGAAUUGAUAUAA